CGCUCCGGGAGGAGGCGCCGCGCCGUUCAGGUGGGGGCGGUGGCGCCGGGGCGAUGCGGAGCCCCCUCCCGUGACUCCGGCCGUCCGCCAUGCGAUGGGUUAGGCGGCCUCCCUCCCGCAGCCGGCAGGGCGGUAGCCAAGCGGGGCGGCGGCAGGAAGCGGCUCGGCUCGGCCGCGGAGCGGCGGCGGGAGGCGGCCCCCUCCAUGGACGGCGGCGAGGAACGAUGAGCCGCGGCCGGCGGCCGGGACCGGCGCUCGCCCGUAGGGGCUCUCCCCGCUGCGCGCCCCGGGGCGCCGCGGCUCCGCUCUCCCCCUCCGCCCCCCGCUCCGUCCCCCCUGUCCCCGCUCGGCGCUCGAGGUAAUCCCGCUCGCCCCUAAAGCGCGGCGCUCCGGGGCUCAUCCCGCUCUCUCCUCCCCUCCCCGGCCCUUCCCCUUCCCGCUCCCCGCCGCUCGCCCCCGUGGCCCCGCCGCCCCCGGGGAGCCGGCGGCCGGGCGGGUGGCUGCGAGGUCGGGGCUUCGGGCACCCCGCCCCUCGCCGCGAGGCUGCCGGCUGCUGACGGGCUAUUGAUUUGUAUGUGCUUCGCCCCGCGCCGGCCGCUCCCGCCGCUGCCUCCGGAGCCAGGAGAGCGCUUCCCGUAGCGGCGCGGAGCUCUCACCAAACAUGUCGGCUCCCGCCGGGCCCCGGGGCGGCCCUGCGCCUCCUCAGCCGCUGCCGACGAGUCAGCCCGAGAUGCCCGACCUCAGCCACCUCACAGAGGAAGAGCGGAAGAUCAUCUUGGCCGUCAUGGACCGCCAGAAGAAGGAAGAGGAGAAGGAGCAAUCCGUGCUCAAAAAAUUACAUCAGCAGUUUGAAAUGUAUAAGGAGCAAGUGAAGAAGAUGGGAGAAGAAUCACAGCAGCAACAGGAGCAGAAGGGUGAUGCCCCAACCUGUGGCAUAUGCCACAAAACAAAAUUUGCUGAUGGCUGUGGCCAUAACUGUUCAUAUUGCCAAACAAAAUUCUGUGCGCGCUGUGGAGGAAGAGUAUCCUUACGGUCAAAUAAGGAGGACAAAGUGGUAAUGUGGGUAUGUAACUUGUGCCGAAAACAACAAGAAAUCCUCACAAAAUCAGGAGCCUGGUUCUAUAACAGUGGAUCCAACGCACCACAGAAGCCUGACCAAGAAGGUAGUAGAGGUCUGCGGAACGAGGAAGCACCUCAAGAGAAAAAAGCAAAGCUCCAAGAGCAUUUGCAGUACCAAGGACCACCAGGUGACAUAUCCACACAGGUUUCGGACAAAAACAGAGCUCAAGGACUCACCAGGCAAGACUCAAUUAAGAAUGGUUCUGGAGUAAAGCACCAAAUAACUAGUGACACAACAUCAGACAGGAAAAGAAGCCCGUCAAUAUCAAGAGAACAGAACAGAAGAUACGACCAAAGGGAAGAGAGAGACGAAUAUUCACAGUAUGCUACAUCAGACAGUGCGAUGCCCAGGUCACCAUCAGAUUAUUCCGAUAGGCGGUCACAGCGUGGCCCUCAGUUAUACGAAGAGCCUGAACUGGGUGAUUAUAGAGAUUCCAACAGGAGGAGUCGCAGGCGUUCCAAGGAGUAUCCGGUAGAAGAGGAGGAUGCACAGAACAGGGAGGAAUAUGAAAGGCAGAGGAGAGAAGAGGAAUAUCAGGCACGAUACAGAAGUGAUCCUAAUUUGGCUCGUUAUCCGGUCAAGCCACAGCCAUAUGAGGAACAAAUGCGUAUCCAUGCUGAAGUGUCCCGAGCACGUCACGAACGGAGACAUAGUGAUGUCUCAUUGGCAAAUACUGAGUUGGAGGAUUCCCGGAUAUCUAUGCUCAGGAUGGAACGACCGUCAAGGCAAAGAUCGGUGUCUGAGCGCAGAGCUGCCAUGGAAAAUCAACGUUCAUACUCUAUGGAAAGAACUCGAGAGGCUCAGGGACCAAGUCCCAAUCGUCAGAGGACCACAAAUCAUAGCCCUCCUACACCUAGGAGGAGUCCAAUUCCUCUGGAAAGACCAGACAUGAGGCGCUCUGAUUCAUUAAGGAAACAACACCAUUUGGAUCCCAAUUCUGCUGUACGGAAAACAAAACGUGAAAAGAUGGAGACCAUGUUACGGAAUGAUUCACUCAGCUCAGACCAGUCUGAAUCUGUCAGACCUCCACCACCAAAGCCCCAUAAAACAAAAAAGGGAGGUAAAAUGCGCCAGGUUUCAUUAAGUAGCUCAGAAGAAGAAUUGGCAUCUACUCCAGAGUACACGAGUUGUGAUGAUGUGGAGAUUGAAAGUGAAAGCGUUAGUGAAAAAGGGCACAGUCAAAGGGGAAAAAGAAAAACUAGUGAGCAGGCAGUUGUGUUGGAUUCUAACACCUUAUCCGAGAGACAAAAGAGAAUGGUGUGCUUUGGUGACCAGUCUUUCGAAGAGGACUUGGAAUGGUCUGAGCCUCAGAUAAAAGACUCUGGGGUAGAUACGUGUAGUAGCACAACUCUAAACGAGGAGCAUAGCCAUAGCGAGAAGCAUCCAGUAACUUGGCAACCAUCCAAAGAUGGAGACCGUCUCAUCGGUCGAAUUUUAUUAAAUAAGCGACUAAAAGAUGGAAGUGUGCCGAGAGACUCAGGAGCGAUGCUUGGUUUGAAGGUAGUAGGAGGAAAGAUGACUGAAUCAGGUCGACUCUGUGCAUUUAUCACCAAAGUUAAAAAAGGAAGCUUAGCUGAUACUGUGGGCCAUCUUAGACCAGGUGAUGAAGUGCUGGAAUGGAAUGGAAGGCUACUACAAGGAGCUACCUUUGAGGAGGUAUAUAACAUCAUUUUAGAGUCCAAACCUGAGCCACAAGUGGAGCUUGUUGUUUCAAGACCAAUUGGGGAUAUUCCCAGAAUACCUGACAGCACACAUGCACAGCUGGAGUCCAGUUCUAGUUCCUUUGAAUCUCAGAAAAUGGACCGACCUUCUAUUUCAGUGACUUCUCCUAUGAGUCCUGGCAUGUUAAGGGACGUUCCACAGUUCUUGUCUGGACAACUUUCAAGCCAAAGCCUUAGUAGAAGAACAACGCCUUUUGUUCCUAGGGUUCAGAUAAAACUGUGGUACGACAAGGUUGGUCAUCAGUUAAUAGUGACAAUACUGGGAGCAAAAGAUCUUCCUUCGAGGGAAGAUGGGAGGCCAAGGAAUCCUUAUGUAAAAAUGUAUUUUCUUCCAGACAGAAGUGAUAAAAACAAAAGAAGAACAAAAACAGUAAAGAAAACAUUGGAACCCAAAUGGAACCAGACAUUCAUUUAUUCUCCAGUUCACCGGAGAGAGUUUAGAGAACGAAUGUUAGAAAUUACUCUUUGGGACCAAGCACGAGUUCGGGAGGAAGAAAGUGAAUUUUUAGGAGAGAUUCUUAUUGAGUUAGAGACAGCACUGCUAGAUGAUGAACCUCACUGGUACAAACUUCAAACACAUGAUGUCUCUUCAUUGCCACUUCCCCAUCCCUCACCAUAUUUGCCACGAAGACAGCUCCAUGGCGAGAGUCCCACACGGAGGUUACAAAAUAAAGGCUUAUAUUCAUAUAAUUCAGGGUCCAAAAGAAUCAGUGACAGUGAAGUCUCUGAUUAUGACUGUGAUGAUGGAGUCGGUGUGGUUUCAGAUUAUCGACAUAAUGGAAGAGACCUCCAAAGUUCAACACUAUCAGUGCCAGAACAAGUGAUGUCAUCUAAUCAUUGCUCACGAUCAGGGUCCCCUCACCGUGGAGAUAGUAUAGGACGGACAAGAUCAUGGUCUCCCAGUGUCCCUCCACCACAAAGUCGGAAUGUGGAUCAGGGACCACGAGGGACACGAUCUACUGCUGCACAUUACAAUACCCUGAACCGAAUGGAAAGACAUCGUGUAAUAGAUGACCACUACUCCCCAGACAGAGAGAGGAAUUGUGAAGCAGCAGAUAGACAGCCAUAUCAAAGAUCCAGAUCAACAGAGCAACGUCCUAUGCUAGAGCGGACCAACUCCCGCUCCCGAUCCACAGAGCGUCCUGACUCAAACCUCAUCAGGUCGAUGCCUUCAUUAAUGACUGGAAGAUCUGCCCCUCCUUCACCUGCCUUACCGAGGUCACAUCCUCGAACUGGAUCUGUUCAGACAAGUCCAUCGAGUACUCCAGUAGUAGGAAGAAGGGGCAGGCAGUUACCACAGCUUCCACCAAAAGGGACAUUGGAGAGAAACAAUGGAGACAAGGAGAUAGAACCUUAUGAAGAAGAAGCGGAAUCAUCAAGGAGAAGAAACUCAGAAGAAAAGAAAGCAGAUCCAGAGAAUGGGGAUGCAGGUUCGAUGGAUAUAGAAGAGAGAAACCGACAGUUGAAAAUGAGCAAGUACAAACAGGUAGCAGGAUCAGAUUCCAGGCUGGAACAAGAUUAUCAUUCUAAGUAUCGGUCAGGGCGGGACGCUCAGCGAGGCUCAGACAACGUGUCCAAUAAGUCCUCAGACAGCGAUGUCAGCGAUGUCUCAGCAGUGUCCCGGACGAGCAGCGCUUCCCGUUUCAGCAGCACGAGCUACAUGUCCGUCCAGUCAGAGCGGCCCCGGGGAAACAAGAAAAUAAGAAGGACAAAGAAUGUAGAGGAAAAAAAAGAGGGAGGGUUGGAAGGGGAUGAACACGAUGAAAUAUUUCCUGAGGAGGAGGAAAAAGAGGAGGAGGAGGAAAAGGCAAAGGAGCAAGAAACUGACGAGAAAGGGGAAGGGCAAGAGGUGGCAGAAAACGGUGAUAAGGAAGAAACCAAGGGCUCAGGGCAAGAUGAAAAAGCUCAAGAGGACCAAGCUGAGGAAGGGAAAGAGGAUGACAGUGUCUUUACAUCCAAAAUGCAAAGCAGACAGAUGGGCGCCUCAGGAAAGAACAUGACUAAGAGCACCAGCAUCGGUGGGGACAUGUACACACUGGAGAAGAAUGACGGUAGCCAGUCGGACACAGCAGUGGGCACUGUUGGUGGAGGCAGCAAGAAGAGACGCUCCAGCAUCGGCGCCAAGAUGGUGGCCAUUGUGGGUCUCUCAAGGAAAAGCCGUAGCACAUCGCAACUCAGCCAAACUGAGGCAGGGGGCAAGAAGCUGCGGAGCACCGUCCAGAGGAGCACUGAGACAGGGCUUGCUGUGGAGAUGAGAAACUGGAUGACCCGCCAGGCCAGCCGGGAGUCGACAGAUGGGAGCAUGAACAGCUACAGCUCCGAGGGAAAUUUGAUUUUCCCUGGUGUGAGGUUGGCUGCAGACAGUCAGUUUAGUGAUUUUCUGGAUGGACUUGGUCCUGCCCAGCUUGUAGGGCGACAGACGUUGGCAACACCAUCAAUGGGAGAUAUACAGGUAGGAAUGAUGGAUAAGAAAGGACAGUUGGAAGUAGAAAUUAUCCGAGCCCGUGGCCUUGUUGUAAAACCAGGUUCAAAGACACUGCCAGCACCAUAUGUAAAGGUGUAUCUAUUAGAAAAUGGAGUCUGCAUAGCCAAAAAGAAAACAAAGGUAGCAAGAAAAACGCUGGAACCGCUUUAUCAGCAACUUCUAUCAUUUGAAGAAAGUCCCCAAGGAAAAGUUUUACAGAUAAUCGUUUGGGGAGACUAUGGACGUAUGGAUCACAAAUCCUUUAUGGGAGUGGCACAGAUACUUUUAGAUGAACUGGACCUGUCCAACAUGGUGAUUGGGUGGUUCAAACUCUUCCCUCCUUCUUCCCUAGUAGACCCAACUUUAGCUCCUCUCACCAGAAGAGCUUCCCAAUCAUCUCUUGAAAGUUCAACAGGACCUUCGUAUGCUCGCUCAUAGCAGCUGUGAAACUGUUGUCAUAGCAACCAGCGUUACAAAAAAAAUACAUAAAUUACAGGUCGCAAACCCUGGUAACACUGCAUGCUUAAUGUUGUGUCUUCUGAGCCUGUUUCUAGGGCUACAACGCGAUCCUGUGUUCUCAAGGAAGUUGCACACAUUGUGCCCUACAGAAGGCCCUCAGGUGAAGGACUGAAGUCAUGAAGAACUGAUAGGUUUGGAGUUCAGGGACACUCAGUUUUGGUCCAAUCUGAAGCCAUGGACUAAACUAAAAGAAUCAAUCUGUUUCAUGCAACAAAAGUCCUUUUCGAUGGCAUAUCUAUUUUGUUGCUCCUGUUUCUUUAUCUGCCCUCCCCUCCUAAAGCUUGGUUAUGCCACAGAAAUGGAGUUACCCUCCCGUGAAGCCAUGUUACAAGUUGGUGAAAUUGCAGACAUCGUUGGAAGAAAAGAGGAAUGUAAAGGAUGCUGGAAAAAGUCAGCUGUCAUUCGAAACAGUUACUUGAGAUCUGAAAACUCUUCACAUCAGAAAGGUUCAAGACUUAAAGUGGCGGGCUUCAAACAUCCAGCUAUAGAUUCAGUGAAACCCCAGAUACGAUGGACUUAUGACAAAUAAAAUUCUGUGGAUAUACUGUACUGUAUGAAAUUAAACAAGCAACUUUUUUGCAUGGACACAGAUUUAGCUGAACACUUAAAUUAUUUUCUUGGGGCUGCAACUUGCAAAAAAAAAAAAAAAAUCAAAAGAAUAAAUCAGCCAUUUUCAACAGUUUAUAUUAUUUUUAAAAAUAAAUUUCACUAGUGCAUGGUUUUAAAGGGAAGAGAAUGCAACAGGGUGAUACAAAGACACACCACGUUUAUCAUUCUUUAAACCAGUCAUGGUCUGUAUUUUUGCAGACGUAUAUUAAAAAUAAAAAAAUAAUUUCUAGCAAAUAUUUAAAAUUCUGUUUAUGUGACAAGAAAUAAGUGUAAUAUAUUCAAUUUAUUUAAAUGUAAAAGGUACAAGCCUUGUAAAGUUCAACAUAAUGUGCAAAUUGUACACUUCUUUUACCUCCUCCUUUCUCUCCUUCCAGUCUCCCUCCUUCCUUUCGCUCUUUUCCCCCUCCGCCUCCCAGGAUGAUCAUCAUAUUCCAAAAUGGCUCCCUUUUGACUUACUUACUACUCUCUUACGCCCCAUAUUUGGUUGAGGAUUGCAGAUUGUUCUGCAUUUCUGAAUUAUUUGAGAAAAAAAAAUAUUGUUUAAGAACUUUUUUUCAAGCAUGUUGAAAAGGAUUUUGCAACAUGGCUUGGGAGUACAUUAAUGUAAUUCAGCAUGUAUUUGAUAAAAAAAGAAAAAAGAUAUUUGAACUUUUUGCAAUUUAUUGUACAGUGCAUGGUAACUUAUUUUCAUUUUUUUUCUCACCUUCAAAUUGGAUUCUACAGCAAAAUACUGGAUUCAUGUGGCCAUUGUAAGAUGUCUUCAAUAAAUUUCUUUUCAGCACCAGCAUCAUUCAUUCAAGGAUUGAAGUAUCAUUUCUUGAAGGUUUUGGAAAGAGGAAAGAAUGAAAUAAAUCAUUGAUUUUUAGGAGAUAAAUCUAAACAGUUUUAUUUGCACUAAACCAAAUCAAUUGCUACAAUCUUGAGAUUAUAAAAGUAGCAAAGAUUAUGAGUUCUUGCAGUUCUGCUGUCAAGUUCAGUUUUCAUAAACUACAUUUGUGUUGGCAAAGAGAUCGUUAGGUAAUACUGGUCUGAAAAUGUCAGUCUUUGGUUUGUAAAUAGCCUUAAAGAAAGCUUAUGGGUACCUCUCAGGCAGUUAUUUGACACCAUUACCAGAACCCUCGUUGCAGUCAACGGAUCUCCAAAGUCCUGUUUUUUGUAGCAGACACAGUAACUGCCAUUGGGUGGUGCUGCAAGUUCGAGCUUCUCAUUAAAUUACAUGAUUUAAAGGGAAUGUAACUGGCGAACAUUUAAUAAUAAAACGUCCCUUUAGUGGUUUGUUUUUUUUUUUUCUGGGUCUUUGUAUGCCUUUAUUACCUACUUAAGGUUUAAUAUUGAAACCUUGCAAUAACUUUUGAAGUACACCUUGCAUUUACCGUUCAGGCCACAGAGAAUUAUUCUGAUUUUAUUUGAAAAAUCUAUUCACGUUUCCCAUUGAGAAAUCGUACGUGCCUCAUUAGAGGGCAAAAGUAAUAACGGUAUCACUUAAAUGGCCUUUUACUUUGUGCAAUAUCAUAUAAAUGGAGAGAUUGUGUCUUGUCUUAAGAGUUUAUAUAACGGGUCGUUGUUAAGUUAAUGAUCAGACUGGUAAAAUUAUAUUUAUUGGAAUGAUUUAGACACCUGUCUACCAGCAGCAAACCAAUGCUAUCGUCAUGCGGUCUACGGUAUUCCCUAGAGUAAAAGAAAAACGCAUCACCAUUCUCCUGAUCCUGUGAGAUGUGCGCACACAUCGCUGUGUUCAUUGCCCUAUACUGAUUAUUCCCAGUUUUACAGUCGAGGACGCGGUGCAUGGAAGGUUUGUACAUACUUUGUCAUUAUGCAGUAUUUAUUUAAAAAAAGAAAAAGGAAAUAAAUAAAAAAAUUUUUUUUCUUUUUUUUUUUUGUUUGUUUUUUGUUUUUUAAUUGUCACACAUCUGCAACUCUACUUAUGGUUUAGUCAUGUAAAUAGCACUAUUCCAGUGAUCACUGCUGUCUUGUACAUACUAUGUUUUAAAAAGUUAAAAGGAAUUACAGUUGGGGAAAACAAAAAAAAAAAGGGCAGAUUAGGCCUGUAAUGAACACCAACUAAUGUAAAUCAAACUCAUUCUGGUGAUGGUAUUUAACACUUUAAAUAAAACAUUUUCUUUACAGAA